AUGUCAGCAAAGCAAAUCCCUGUCCAUAUUUCACCUGUCCACUUCGUAAAGAAGACAGAAAACCAGCCUAACAAAAAUCACUCUCCGCCGGCUGAGCCUAUCCGGUUUCUGAUGAUAAUCCUCUGCCAGCUGCUGGAUCCUCAUAAGACCUUGCAGGCCCCCAACAAUGCCUCGCAGCCAUGGAAGGAUAGAAUCGAGAACCUUAAGUGUGAUGUUAUCGAGAAGCAGGGACAACAUCUGGGCCAGUUUUUCAAGCCUGUGCAAGAUUACAAAACCGAGGACUCUACGCAACAGGGCUCUUUCACAGAGGAAUUGUCCACAGUUGAAUCAGGUUCUCGCGUUUUGGUGGCUGUUGUGAAUUCCUCCAAGUCAGAUUCCCUGCAUGAAAUCAUUGACAUCAUCAAGGAAUCAGCUGGCGAUGAUAACGAGGAGAUCUACAAGUUGGUGAAGGAGAUGGAACCGAUUGCCAAUCAACUCAUCCAAGAGUUCCAAGAUAAGCUUAAUCUCCAUGAAACAAUCACAACUCUUCUGAAAGAACGCAAGGAUAUGGGCAGUUAUCCUGAUCGUGAGGCUCUUGUGGCCUGGAAGAAAAAGGUUACCGACUCGAAGAGCGAGCUAUGUCAAACUGCCGCGGACAUUAUCGACCUUGCCUUUAAAGACGUCACCACCAUCAUUGAAAAUGCGGACGAGAGUGUCCAAGAUCGCCUGGCGAGCAUUUGGCUUGCAUUUACCGAUGAAUUUCGAACAAUCUGGGGCGAACAGACUGCUGAAGUGAUUGCCGACAUCGAAACCAGUUUCAAGGCAAAGCACAAGGAGCCUAUCUCCCGCAUUCUUUUGCCACUUAUGACCGCUAUUGCUAGCCUAUUUUGUGUGAUGUGGAAGUUCAAUGGGCUUUUCUUCAGCAUCUGGAAGCGUUGA